GUAUCGUGCUCUGGCCUAAAGAGAAAGAAGCCUUCGAAGCUUGCCUACUUUGAAUCGUCAGACAAAUUUGACAAGCUCUUCAAAUGCAAGACUGAUAGGCAUAUAAAAUCCCAAAAUAGUGUGAAAAUUGGACAGCCUGUGGGCGUUGAUGUGUGUGAUGGUGCAAACACCUACAUUGAUGAUGACUUGAUUGAGGUGAAAGAUGAACCAAUAAAGAUGGAAGAUUGUGUGGAUAGUGGUGACUAUGAUAAGAUAUGCAAUGAUAGUGAGGACAGGAAAGAUGUAGUGACUAACUUGCAUUGCCUUGACGAUCCCUCAACAGAUAUUUCCAGGGAAACGACCAAUUACAGCCAGGACAUUGAUGUGAGUGAUGACUCAGGCAGCUUCAUUGGGUUCAAAGAUGAACCAAUAGAGAUGGAAGAUCGCGUGGAUGACAGUGAUGAUAAUAUGCAUAAUGAUGGCAGUAAUGAAAAAAUCGUUCCUAACUUGCUGCCCGUUGAUGCCAAAGCAACAGGCAUGCCUGGGGAAACUACCAAUUACAGCCAGUUAAACACAGACAUGUUUUGUGAAUCAAAGGCUCGAAGACAUAGGGAUUAUAUCGUGCCAGAGAUAUGUAAUGAAAGUGACCCUAAUGAGGAAGUAGAUUCUGGGGAUGAAUAUGAACCACAGUCACACUCUUCAUCUUCCAGUGAAGAGGAACAUGAAGAAUUGCCUAAGAAAAGUCAGCGAGUUAGUGUAAAACAAAGAAAUAUACGAAAACAAGUACAAGAGCAAGAACUUGUAGCAAAGUACGAAAGUGCCGUAUGUGUGGCCGAUCUCGCCAGGAUGUACGGGACAUCUGCAUCAGUGAUCAGUUCCAUCCUAGCGAAGAGAAAAGAAAUCAAGGAAGCUGAUGUUGCGAAAGGGGUAAAUGUGCUAAUGAAACAGAGAACGCAAAAAAUCGAACAUUUUGAGAUGAUGUUGUGGGUGUGGAUUGACAAAAAGCAGUUAGCGGGAGAUAGUGUUUCGGAGGCGAUAAUUUGCGAGAAGGCAAAGCAAUUGCAUGCAAAUCUCGUAAGGAAAAUGCCUGGAACGAGUGCUGCGGUUAGUGAAUUUAAGGCCAACAGAGACUGGUUCGACAAAUUCAAGAAGCGAACUGGCAUACACUAUGUGGUAAGGCAUGGCAAGGUUGCAAGUUUGGACAAACAUGGGGCCGAAGAAUUUGUUGAUGAAUUCAAGGAGUACGUAAAGGCUAAAGGAUUCCUCCCCAACCAAGUCUUCAAUUGUGACGAAACAGGCCUCUUUUGGAAGAAAAUGCCAAAGAGGACCUACAUCACACAGGAAGAAAAGGCACUGCCAGGACACAAGCCUAUGAAGGAUAGACUAACACUUUUGUUUUGUGGUAAUGCUAGUGGGGAUUUCAAAGUGAAGCCUUUACUGGUGUAUCACUCUGAAAAUCCCCGAGUGUUUAAGAAAAACAAUAUCAUCAGGAGUAGACUGAGUGUGAUGUGGAAGGCUAACAAUAGGGCAUGGGUCACGAGGCAAAUUUUCAUUGAAUGGGUCAAUGAAAUGUUUGGCCCGAGUGUGAAGAAAUACCUCCUUAAGAAUCAGUUGCCACUGAAGUGCCUUCUGGUAAUGGACAGUGCUCCUGCUCAUCCUCCAGGCUUGGAAGAUCAUUUGUUGGAGGAGUUUAGUUUCAUUACAGUGAAGUUCUUGCCCCCUAAUACCACUUCUCUCAUCCAGCCCAUGGACCAGCAGGUCAUUUCAAACUUCAAAAAACUUUACACGAAAGCACUAUUUCAAAGGUGCUCUGAUGUGACCUUCGACACUGGAAUGACCCUAAGAGAGUUCUGGAGGAAUCACUUCAAUAUCCUCAAUUGCAUAAGCCUUAUAGAUAAGGCUUGGCAGGGAGUGACUUCCAGGACGAUGAACUCUGCUUGGAGAAAAUUGUGGCCAGAAUGUGUCCUCAAGAAGGUUUUUGGAGGGUUUGAAGCUGACGCAGACGACCCUACGCCUGUUGUGGAAUCAAUUGUAUCUUUGGGAGAGUCCAUGGGGUUGGAUGUGAAUGGCCAGGAUGUGGAAGAGUUGGUGGACGACCACAGGGAAGAGCUAUCCACUGAUGAGCUCCAAGACCUUCAACUGGAACUGCAACAGGCCAUAACUGAGGAAAUUGCUUCAGAGGAGAACGAGAGAGGAGCAGAUUGUGCCUUCUUCAGUGAUUAAGGAAAUGUGUGCAAAGUGGAAUAAAGUGUAAAGUUUUGUGGAGAAACAUCACCCUGGCAAAGCUGUGGCAGGCUGUGCCUGCAACAUGUUCAGCAACACUGCUGUGUCCCAUUUUAGGCAAACCUUGAAGAGAUGUCAGAAACAGACCUCGCUGGACAGAUUUUUUGUACGACAGGGAUCCAGUGACUCUCAAGCUGGUCCUAGUGCCAGUAAAAGGCAAAGAAGGGAAGUAACCCCAAAUAGGGCCUAGAUUACCUGGAGGUUAUUCCGGGGAUCAACGCCCCCAUGGCCCGGUCCAUGACCAGGCCUCCCGGUGGAUCAGGGCCUGAUCAACCAGGCUGUUACUGCUAGCCGCACGCAGUCUAAUGUACGAGCCACAGCCCGGCUGAUCCGGCACUGACUUUAGGUAUCUGUCCAGCUCUCUCUUGAAGGCAGCCAGGGGUUUAUCGGUAAUUCCCCUAAUGCUUGAUGGGAGGCUGUUGAACAGUCUUGGGCCCCAGACACUUAUGGUGUUUUCUCUUAGUGUACCAAUGGUGCCCCUACUUUUAAUUGUGGGUAUUUUGCAUCGCCUGCCCAGUGAUGGGAGUGAUUUGUGUGUGCAGAUUCGGGACCAUUCCUUCCAGGAUUUUCCAAGUGUAGAUUAUGAUAUACAGUGGACCCCCGCUUAACGAACACCUCCCAAUGAGACCAAUUAUGUAAGUGUAUUUAAGUAAGUGCGUUUGGGCGUGUAUGUUUGGGGGUCUGAAAUGGACUAAUCUACUUCAUAAUAUUUCUUAUGGGAACAAAUUCGGUUAGUACUGGCACCUGAACAUACUUCUGGAAUGAAAAAAUAUCGUUAACCGGGGGUCCACUGUAUCUCUCCUGCAUUCCAGCGAGUACAAGUCAGGUGCUUCCAAGCGUUCCCAGUAGUUAAGGUGCUUGACAGAACUUAUACGUGCAGUAAAGGAUCUCUGUACACUCUCUAGAUCUGCAAUUUUACCUGCUUUGAAUGGAGAUGUUACUGUACAGCAGUAUUCCAGCCUUGAGAGAACAAGUGAUUUGAAAAGGAUCAUCAUUGGCUUGGCAUCUCUCGCUUUGAACAUUAUCAUUAUCCAUCCUGUCAUUUUCUUUGCACUUGUGAUCGUGGCACUGUUGUGAUCCUUGAAAGUGAGAUCCUCAGACAUUACUACUACCAGGUCCCUUACAUUAUUUUUCUGCUCUAUUGUAUGGCCAGAGUUUGUAGUAUACUCUGUUCUAGUUAUUAUCUCCUCCAGUUUUCCAUAACGGAGUAGGUGGAAUUUGUCUUCAUUGAACAUCAUAUUGUUUUCCGUUGCCCACUGGAAAACUUUUCUUUAUAUCUUCUUGGAGGUUAACCGCGUCCUCAGCAGAUGACAGCCUCAUGCAGAUCCUAGUAUCAUCCACAAAGGAUGAUAUGGUGCUGUGAUGUAUAUAUCUGUCUAUGUCUGAUAUGAGGAUGAGGAAUAAGAUGGGGGCGAGUACUGUGCCUUGUGGAACAGAGCUCUUCACUAUAGCAGCCUCCAAUUUAACUCUGUUGACCACUACUCUUUGUGUUCGAUUUGUUAGAAAGUUGAAGAUCCAUCUCCCCACUUUCCCAGUUAUUCCUUUAGCACGUAUUUUGUGCACUAUUACGCCAUGAUCGCAUUUGUCAAACGCUUUUGCAAAGUCUGUGUAUAUUACAUCUGCAUUCUGAUUUUCUUCCAGUGCAUCCAAGGCCAUAUCAUAGUGAUCCAGUAGUUGUGAGUGGCAGGAGUGACCUGCCCUGAACCCAUGUUGCCCUGGAUUGUGCAGAUUCUGGGAAUCCAGGUGAUUUGCAAUCCUGCUUCUUAGCACUCUUUCAAAGAUUUUUAUGAUGUGGGAUGUCAGAGCUAUUGGUCUAUAGUUCUUAGCUAAUGCUUUGCUGCCACCUUUAUGGAGUGGGGCUAUAUCUGUUGUUUUAAGUGACUGUGGAAUUUCACCCAUGUCCAAGCUCCUCCUCCAUAGUGUACUUAGGGCACGCGAGAGGGGUUUCUUGCAGUUUUUAAUGAAUACAGAGUUCCACAAGUCUGGGCCCAGGGCUGAGUGCAUGGGCAUGUUGUCAAUGGCUUUUUCGAAGUCUAUCGGAGUUAGAGUAAUGUCGGAAAUCUGGCAUACAUUUAUGGAGUUAUGAGGCUCAGUCAUGAAGAAAUCAUUUGGGUCGUCGAUCCUCAGACUGAUUAGUGGCUCAUUAAACACAGAGUCAUACUGGGAUUUCAGUAUUUCACUCAUUUCCUUGUCAUCUGUGUAAGUCCCAUCCUGUCUGAGUAAGGGCUUGAUACUAGAUGUGGUAUUUGCCUUGUUUUUGGCAUAAGAAAAAAAAUAUUUUGAAUUUCUUUCAAUUUCACUAAUAGCUUUAAGCUCCUCCUGUCUCUCCUGGUUCCUGUAAGAGUCAUUUAACUUAAGUUCGAUAGUUUCCACUUCCCUGGUCAGCUCCUCCUUUCGUGUAUCAGAUAUUCUAGCACUCCUGAGAAGCUCAGUGACUCUUCGUCGUCUUCUGUGGAGGGAGCGUCUUUCUCUCUCCAGUUUACUCCUGCUCUUCUUCUUUCUUAGGGGAAUAUGCCUAGAACAUGCUUCAGCUGCCAGGAAAUUGAUCCUUUCAAGGCACUGGUUUGGAUCCAUGUCAUUUAAGAUAUCUUCCCAACAUGUUUCAUUUAGGACAUGGUUCACCUGGUCUCAGUUGAUGUUCUUGUUGUUGAAGUUGUAUUUUGUGAAGACACCUUCACAGGUACAUGCAUUCUGCUGAUCAGGACCCCUAUGCAUAUAUGUCUGGACUUCGAUUAGGUUGUGAUCAGAAUUAGUUGUUUUUUAUAUUCUUAUGUCUCUUAUCAGGUCCUCAUUAUUUGUGAAGAUAAAGUCAAGUGUGUUUUCUAGUCUUGUUGGCUCCACUGUCUGCUGGCUUAAGGUGUGUUCCUCGCAGAGACUUAGUAGCUCAUGUGUGUGUGACCUUUCAUCUGUGCUACCUCCAGGGAUCGUUUCAGCUAUUACAUUAUUCACUACAUUCUUUCAUUUUGUAUGCUUUAGGUUGAAAUCACCAAGCAGUAAGAUGUUUGGGGAUGGAGCUAGAUGGUUUUUCAGACAGUAACCAAUUUUCAGUAGCUGUUCCUUGAACUGUUGGGAGGUUGCAUCUGGUGGCUUAUAUAUAACCACAAUGACUAGGUUUUGGUUCUCGAUCUUUAUUGAUAGAACUUCAACUACCUCAUUUGUGGUGUUCAGCAACUCUGUGCAGAUGAGGGACUCUUUGACACACAGGCCAACCCCCCCCCCCUUGUUGCCUGUUCUUUCUGUCGCAUCUAAAAAGGUUGUAACCACUUAUCCAUAUUUCACUGUCAAAGUGAUCUUUUGUGUGAGUCUCUGUGAAGGCUGCAAACAUUGCAUUAGACUCCUCUAGAAGUCCACUGAUAAAAGGUAUUUUGUCAUUGGUGGAUGGCUUAAGGCCCUGUAUAUUAGCAAAUAUGAACGAGGUUGUAUUCUGUCCAAACCAUACCCCCGGCCGGGAUUGAA